CAAAAGCCCAGGUCGCCCGCAUCCAGUGCCGCAGGACACCAAAAGCGCACCUUCGCCUGGGCAUCCCAGCUGCUCCCUUGGCCUCAGCGACAGAUCACCUGUCCUCCGCCUCAACCCCAACCCAGCGCUCCCUUCCUCCGGAGCACACGCUACCGUUGCAGCCGGAGACGCGCCCCAGCCCCUCGACGUCGACCACCAUGGCGGAGACCAAUAACGAAUGCAGCAUCAAGGUGCUUUGCCGAUUUCGGCCCCUGAACCAGGCCGAGAUCCUGCGGGGGGACAAGUUCAUCCCCAUUUUCCAAGGGGACGACAGCGUCAUUAUUGGGGGAAAGCCAUAUGUCUUCGACCGUGUAUUCCCCCCAAACACGACUCAGGAGCAGGUUUACCACGCCUGUGCCAUGCAGAUCGUCAAAGACGUCCUUGCUGGCUACAACGGCACAAUUUUUGCUUAUGGACAGACAUCCUCAGGGAAAACGCACACCAUGGAGGGAAAGCUGCACGACCCUCAGCUCAUGGGCAUCAUUCCCCGGAUCGCCCGAGACAUCUUCAACCACAUCUACUCCAUGGAUGAGAACCUUGAGUUCCACAUUAAGGUGUCUUACUUUGAGAUUUACCUGGAUAAGAUCCGUGACCUUUUGGAUGUGACCAAGACAAACCUGUCUGUGCAUGAGGACAAAAACCGGGUGCCGUUUGUCAAGGGUUGUACCGAACGCUUUGUGUCCAGCCCAGAGGAGAUUCUGGAUGUGAUUGAUGAGGGGAAGUCGAACCGUCACGUUGCCGUCACCAACAUGAAUGAGCACAGCUCUCGGAGUCACAGCAUCUUCCUCAUCAACAUCAAGCAGGAGAACAUAGAGACGGAGCAGAAGCUCAGCGGGAAACUGUACCUUGUGGAUCUGGCCGGAAGCGAGAAGGUCAGCAAGACAGGAGCAGAGGGAGCCGUUCUGGAUGAGGCAAAGAAUAUCAAUAAGUCGCUGUCGGCCCUGGGGAAUGUGAUCUCUGCUCUGGCCGAGGGCACUAAAAGCUACGUGCCGUACCGUGACAGCAAAAUGACGAGGAUUCUCCAGGACUCUCUGGGAGGGAACUGCAGGACCACCAUGUUCAUCUGCUGCUCACCAUCCAGCUACAAUGACGCAGAGACCAAGUCCACACUCAUGUUUGGGCAGCGGGCAAAGACCAUCAAGAACACUGCCUCAGUGAAUCUGGAGUUGACUGCUGAGCAAUGGAAGAAGAAAUAUGAGAAGGAGAAGGAGAAGACCAAGGCCCAGAAGGAGACAAUUGCGAAGCUGGAGGCUGAGCUUAGCCGGUGGCGCAAUGGAGAGAAUGUGCCUGAGACUGAGCGCCUGGCUGGAGAGGACUCAGCUCUGGCAGCCGAGAUCUGUGAGGAGACCCCUGUGAAUGACAACUCAUCCAUCGUGGUACGCAUCGCACCGGAGGAAAGGCAGAAAUACGAGGAAGAGAUCCGCCGUCUCUACAAGCAGCUCGACGACAAGGAUGAUGAGAUCAACCAGCAGAGCCAACUCAUUGAGAAGCUGAAGCAGCAGAUGCUGGACCAGGAAGAGCUGCUAGUGUCCACUCGGGGAGACAAUGAGAAGGUCCAGCGGGAGCUGAGCCACCUGCAGUCUGAGAACGAUGCCGCGAAGGAGGAGGUGAAGGAAGUGUUGCAGGCCCUGGAGGAGCUGGCAGUCAACUAUGACCAGAAGUCCCAGGAGGUGGAGGAGAAGAGCCAGCAGAACCAGCUGCUGGUGGAUGAGCUGUCCCAGAAAGUGGCCACCAUGCUGUCCCUGGAGUCUGAGCUACAGCGGCUCCAGGAAGUCAGUGGACACCAGCGAAAACGGAUUGCUGAGGUGCUGAAUGGACUGAUGAAGGACCUGAGUGAGUUCAGUGUCAUCGUGGGCAACGGCGAGAUUAAGCUGCCUGUGGAGAUCAGUGGGGCCAUCGAAGAGGAGUUCACGGUGGCCCGACUCUACAUCAGCAAGAUCAAGUCAGAGGUGAAGUCCGUGGUUAAGCGAUGCCGGCAGCUGGAGAACCUCCAAGUGGAGUGUCAUCGCAAGAUGGAGGUGACCGGUAGGGAGCUGUCGUCUUGCCAGCUGCUCAUCUCACAGCACGAGGCCAAGAUCCGUUCGCUCACGGAAUACAUGCAGACUGUGGAGUUGAAGAAGCGGCACCUGGAAGAGUCCUAUGACUCCCUGAGCGAUGAGCUAGCCAAGCUCCAGGCGCAGGAAACUGUACACGAGGUAGCUCUGAAAGACAAGGAGCCAGAUACGCAGGAUGCGGAGGAGGUGAAGAAGGCCCUGGAACUACAGAUGGAGAAUCAUCGUGAGGCCCAUCACCGGCAGCUGGCCCGCCUCCGAGAUGAGAUCAAUGAGAAACAGAAGACCAUUGAUGAGCUUAAAGACCUGAACCAGAAGCUCCAGUUAGAGCUGGAGAAGCUUCAGGCUGAUUACGAGAGACUGAAGAACGAAGAGAACGAGAAGAGUGCCAAGCUCCAGGAGCUGACAUUUCUGUAUGAGCGGCAUGAGCAGUCCAAGCAGGACCUCAAGGGGCUGGAGGAGACAGUUGCCCGUGAACUCCAGACCCUCCACAACCUGCGCAAGCUGUUCGUUCAAGACGUCACGACUCGAGUCAAGAAAAGUGCAGAAAUGGAGCCCGAGGACAGUGGGGGGAUUCAUUCCCAAAAGCAGAAGAUCUCCUUUCUUGAGAACAACCUGGAACAGCUUACAAAGGUUCACAAACAGCUGGUACGUGACAAUGCAGAUCUGCGUUGUGAGCUUCCUAAAUUGGAAAAACGACUUCGGGCUACGGCUGAGAGAGUUAAGGCCCUGGAGGGUGCACUGAAGGAGGCCAAGGAGGGCGCUAUGAAGGACAAGCGCCGAUACCAGCAGGAGGUGGACCGCAUCAAGGAAGCUGUGCGGUACAAGAGCUCUGGCAAGCGGGGCCACUCUGCCCAGAUUGCUAAGCCUGUGAGGCCCGGCCACUAUCCUGCCUCCUCACCCACCAACCCCUACGGUACCCGGAGUCCCGAGUGUAUCAGCUACACCAACAACCUCUUCCAGAACUACCAGAACCUGCACCUGCAGGCUGCGCCUAGCUCCACCUCAGACGUGUACUUUGCCAGCAACGGAGCCACAUCUGUUGCCCCCUUGGCUUCCUACCAGAAGGCCAACACGGACAAUGGAAACGCCACAGAUAUCAACGACAACAGGAGUGACCUGCCCUGCGGCUAUGAGGCUGAGGACCCAGCCAAGCUUUUCCCUCUCCACCAAGAGACGGCAGCCAGCUAACUCCCAAUCCUGGCUGCAUAUCUGCACUUUCAGUUUCUAAGAGGGACUGAGGCCUCUUCUCUCAGCAUGCUGCAAAACCUGUGGUCUCUGACACUAACUCCCUCCCCAGCCCGUGUCGUUGGACUGUUUGAUGUCUCCUUCUACUCUGUAUCUCUUUGUACCCUGUAUCUAUUUAUCAGAAGCUGC